AUGGUUAGGGAAAUAAAAGAAUACUACCGUAACGGAAUUUUUCUAUCAACUGUAUCAAGUGAUACCUUAAACAGCGCUUUUAGCUGGAGGCCCGGUGGCUCCGAGGAUAGAUAUAGUUUCAAACGUGAACUCUAUCAACUGUUGAACAACUGUGUGACUCACUGUUACCGCCAGAUAGUGCAAGAAAAUCGCAGCUUUUGGGAACGAUUGAUGUGGUUCCUAAUUCUGGUGUUGGCCACAGCAGCCCUGAUAAUCAUACUGAUUACCGCCUGGAACAGCUUCACUGCUAGUCCACUGGUAACUACCCUGCACGACACAUUGUACCCGAUCAAAAAUGUGCCUUUUCCGGGGAUUUCGUUGUGCAACAACAACAGAAUAUCUCGCGACGCCGCUGUCCGAUAUGCCGAGGAUCUUAGCCGCAAGGACCCUGCCGGUCGCAACGUAAGCUUUUUCCUGAACAACAUUAGGCUGCUAGGAAGAUUGUAUCAGUACGAAUAUGAUAACGUGCUACAAAUGGCGCAGUUCCAGGAUUUUUUAGAUCAGCACGACGUAAACAAUAUUACCGGUGUUCAUAACAUGUACGAUACACUAGAGAAGCUUUCACCUCGUUGUGAACAGAUGCUGCUACGUUGCUUCUGGAAAAGUAUCGAACUACCUUGUAUGACAAAAACUGACAUGUUUGAAGUCAGACGAACGCAGUAUGGGUUUUGCUGUACGUUCAAUUUUAUUGGGCACAACGAGGAUAAUGACAUUCAUCCAUCAUCGUAUUACCUGGAUAUAACCGGUCCAGAGAUGGGAUUGGUACUAUUGCUGAAUGGUUCCACGAAUGAUUACUUUUACAAUAUAUACAAUAACAUUGGCUUAAGUGUGAGUAGAACAUACACAACUAUAACUGUUUGCAUAUCUUAAUUGGUUAUUUUACAGCUACAAAUAUUUGAUCCAUCGGAAACACCGGAUGUAUCAGCAGGCGCUGUGAACGAGCAAUUUGUGCACCUCGGCAGUGAAACCUUCAUCCGCAUCGAUGCAAUUACAAUACACAGUGAACCGGAUGUGCAACGAUAUUCCAGAGCAACUCGCCGAUGUGUAUUACGAAAUGAGCUGCUCCGAUAUGGUGGCCUGUAUGCUAGAAGUAACUGUGUGGCCGCUUGCCGCAUCCGAAGCGUAAUAGCACUGUGCGAAUGCGUUCCGUUCUACAUGCCGCUGGGUGACACAGUCAGCGACAAGUCCGUAACGAUCUGCAAUCUGCAGCACAUUGCCUGCCUGAACAAGUACAAAUUAAAAUGGUCCACCAUAAUUACCGAAAUUUCCAAGAUACCAGGUCUGGAAAAAGAGAUGGAAGAGUCGCUGUACUGUCCGGAGUGCCUACCGGCAUGUUCCGGCAGCAAGUAUCAAAUAUCGUCGUCCGCACUACCACUGAUCAAAUCCAGACGAAGAGGCUUCAGUAUCACCCACGGAAUCGAUGAUGUUUCGGACGUCAGUGUAGUGCGUAUAUUCUUUGGUCAGCCAGAAACGUGGCUCUACAAACAGGACGUCGCAUCCUACUGGUUUGAAAUCUUCAGCAACUUUGGUGGAAUGUGCGGCAUAAUGGCUGGUCUGUCGCUGAUAAGCAUUUCGGAAAAUGUUUACUUCAUCGUCAGACAAUUUGUAUUGGUUUUACUGAAUCGGUUACGGCGACAAGAACGACGAGGGCAACUGGUGAGACCAAUUUUACCGUGA